UGUGACUAUCCAUUUCGAGAGCCAAUCAGGUUGCCUGGCGGGUCAACAGAGGACUUGUGUUCAUGCGUGAAAGUUCUGUAAAAAAUAUUUUAAAAUACUGUACAAUAUGUCUUCGUUUGUAACUGAAGUGCUUGCCAGCUCCGGUAAGCUGGAAAAAGAAGACUUGGUCAGUAAGAUCAGCAAAAUGUCGCGGAAGGUGGAAGAUACGAAGGAAGAAGUCUGUGACAUGAUUAACAAAAGAUAUAAUGAAUUCCUACCAAGCUUGCAAGCAUCAGAAGAGCUGAUGCUGCAGGUGGAUGUGGUUUCUAAAGAAAUGGAUGCACUUAAGGCAUGCAUAGAGACAGAGGUGCAGGAGAACAUACAUGUGGCUGUAACUGAAUUUACAAAGCUGAAGCAGCAGUUGGAGAGGAACACAGUUAUAAUAAAAAUGCUUGAACACCUUAAAGAAUUCCACACCGCAAUGGAAGAAUACAACAAAGCCUUAGUUGAGAAAAAGUAUGUUGAUGCAGCCAAUAAUCUGGAAAAGGCAAGGAGGAGUAUGGAUUCGCUGAAAAGCUGGAAGACCUCAGAGCUGCCGCUGCUCACUGCCCUGAGCUCUGAAUUAACGGUGCAAAGAGAAAACUUAAUUUACCACCUUGGAGAUGAAUGGAAGCGACUUGUCAUCUGGAAAUUGCCCCCUACUAAGGAUCCUGCAGAUGAAAAGUCUGUCCACAAGGUGGAGCUGACCCUGAGUGAUGCCAGCAGUAAAGAUGGAGAACCCAAACCACCAGCUCUGCUGUGCUGCAUUCUACAAGCUCUGGCAAUCCAAGGGGAGCUUCAGCAUAAAAUCAAACUCUUCAGCCAGGUGCUUUUAAAAUACAUGUUGAAGCCACUGGUGAAGCAUUCAUCACUGUCUGUGAGAGUAUCGGAGCAGCAGGGGGAGGGAACCACCCUGGCCUUGCAGUGUGUAGAAGCGGGCCAUGAGGAGCGAUCUGCCCCUUCACAGGUGUUCAGUAAACUCCACCUGGUGCUCAAGACGCUGCACACACACCUGCUGGAUGUAUCCAUUGGUUCUAAAAAGCUCUCUGCUAUCCUGGCGGAGCUGAUUUGGGAGGAAAUGUCACAGUGUAUUAUCCACGAGUGUCUCGUCAACUCCAUCCCCACCGACAGCAGCGAGCUGAAAAAUUACAGCACGGUAAUCAAAGAAACCGAGGAGUUUGAGAAAGCUUUGAAGGAGAUGGACUUUCUGCAGGGCGAUUCCACUGACCUGCUGAAAUACGCCAGAAAUGUCAACUGCCACUUUGCAAGCAAAAAGUGCAAAGAUGUUAUCGUCGCAGCACGCAAACUGAUGACCUCCAAAAUGCACAACACGGUUAAGAUCACACCAGACUCCAAACUCCAUCUUCCCAAGUUACCUGCUCCAAGUUCAGGAGUGAAGCUGAAACAGGAGGUCUCAAAGGCGGACGUGUUGAUGGAGAACUCAAAGCAGCUAUCUGCGUGGAGUUUGCAUCUGCCCGCCUGUCGCAUCAGCGAGUCGGUGCAGCAGCUGAUGGAGCUGGCGGUCAAAACUCUUUGUGAAGCUGUUGGAAGUUCCUCACAAAGUGCCUUACAACUCUUCUUCACAGUGAGGAACAUCUUCCAGCUGUUCUAUGAUGUUGUACCAACAUAUCACAAGGAGAACCUUCUCAAGUUUCCCCACUUAGCUGCCAUCCAGCACAACAACUGCAUGUACCUUGCACACCACCUGCUCACCCUGGGUCACUACUUUAGAGCUCACCUGCCGCAGCCGCUCAAUGAAGGAGUUGCGACUUUUGUUGACAUGGUGCCCGGAUUCAGGAAACUGGGUGCCCAGUGCUUUCUAACACAGCUAAAUGUUCAGAAAGCAGAACUGCUGGAAAGGCUUUCUACUGCUCACAACUUCUGCAACCUGGACGAUGAAGACAACUACAUUGCAGCCAGCAAAGCAGUUCGGCAGGUCAUCCAUCAGCUGAAGCAGCUCGGGACAGUCUGGCAGGACGUCCUUCCAGUCACCAUUUACUGUAAAGCCAUGGGGAACCUCCUCAACACGGCAAUCACAGAAAUCAUCAGCAAAAUUAUGAUGCUAGAGGACAUUUCCUCUGAAGACGGAGAACACCUCCACACUUUGUGCCAAACUAUAAUAGAGGAAGGCCCACUGGUUUUUAUCCCUGUGGUUGAAGAAAACAAGAAUAAGAAAUACCAGGAGGAGGUGCCUCUCUAUGUGAAGAAGUGGAGCACUUUUAAGGAGCUUGUCAUCGUGCUGCGAGCAAACCUGCAGGAGAUUGUUGACCGGUGGGCGAAUGCUAAAGGUCCUCUGGCGGUGGAGUUUUCCAGCUCAGAAGUGAAGAAUCUCAUCCGAGCUUUGUUCCAGAACACGGAGAGAAGAGCUGUUGCUUUGUCUAAAAUCAAAUAGAUCCAAGACCAAAAACUUCCACAGCACUUAUUUACCUCUAUGUAAAACCUGUACUCAUGCCUUUGUUCCAAGUUUGUGUUAUUCCAUUGAAAUAUUUACAACAAUGUUGGAAUUAAAAGCUGUAAAAAUGAUGUGUGAAUUAA